AUAGCCACACCACCCAGAAUCUGGGUGAAAUGAUCACACCCCCACCUUGCACAACUCGCCCCGCCAUUCGCGCGCGACCACGUCAAACGCAAGGGAGAAGAGCCGCAAUCUGCACGUGAGAAAUCCGCCGAUUUGUGUGUUCGCACUUCUCGUGUUUCCUUCAUCAUUCGAAUGGCUUGACCUGAUGGACCUGCGCUUAUCUGCCGAUGAGUGCGAAGAUGCGGCGGCCGGCUUCAGCACCUUCCGUGCCCCUCUUCCCGAGCACGCGACGGAGGUGACCGCUCUUAUGUCCGAUUUCUAUGCCCUCAGCUCAACGCUAGGCAGCCUGGACGACACGAUCAAAGAUCCUCGCUAUCGCCGCAAUUGGCCUCUCGUUCAAGGUGAUCUGGAAUUGGUGCGCUUUAGUCUGAAGUACACUAUCGAGGAUAUUUUGGAUUUCUUUGGCCGUCUCGACGGCGGCAAAGCCACUCAGGCCGGCUACAAGCGUGUCUGGCUGGACUUGUCCCGUUUCUUCUGGGACGAGUCGCAGUAUUCCCUUGGAACACGUUUGGCACAGUAUAAGACGUUUCUGCGGGAGAUUAGUGAUUUGAUGAGAGACCGUGCUCACGACUUGCCACUUAUCGCGGGGUACCGCAGCGGGAUCAAGACACUCAUGACUUCCCAAGAGAAGCGUGUUGCAGCGCGCUUCGCGCGCAUGUCUCUGGGUCGCAAUCUAUCUUCGGGUGGUAGCACCGAUCCUCCAAGUCCGGUCAGCGACCGUCGGCCACGCCGUCGCUCCUUUGAGCGUCCUCGGCCGCACCGGUCUCCUCAAUCACCUCUAUCACCUCAAUCGCCUAUAUCCGGCACAUUCUCUGACGUCCCUCCAUCUGCACCGGAUGCGCCGGACGCGCCAAGCUCCAUAUUGACAGGGUCUACAUCCGCGACCACGGCCACCAGCCAAUCCAACACUUCAGAAGCCGUUCAGUACCAUUGGAUCAGAGAAGCAUUUUCCAAUUAUGACUCGGAGACUCCAAUUCCGAAUACUCCAGACAAGGCAGGUUGCUUUGGGGAGCCCCAGUCUGGAAUUAAGCAGUUGCUCAAAGAACAGGGAUUCGAGCAGCUUCUUCAACUCGCGUUCAACGACUCUUCCAAUAUGACUAUAUACUUCUUCCUGCGGGACAGUGAUCAUCGCGUGCGAAUUGUUAUCAAAACUCCCCACCGAAGCAGACCCAGCGAGUACUUCUGCUUACCCCUCAACAUGCUGGAAAUUAUCCGACAAGGUUCCUCUCUUCAACUGUGUCGAAGACGGCAUGGCGGAACCCAACUUGUUUUAUGGGCGACUCUGAAAUUCACAACGAUUGAGAGCAUGGUUGUAUUCUUCUGCACAUUCUUGGCCCUCCGCUCCCAAGACUCGGGCCGACCCGUUGAUAAUAUCCGGGACUAUGAAAUGGAAGAUGAAGAAGAACUCUUUGGCGGCCAAAUCCUCGACAACAACUACCGACACGCCCUACGCAUCUACCACGAUACGGUAUCCGGAGCCAUAAGACUGCAAGCGUCUGUCCACCUGAGCGACAUGGACCGAACUCCCGUCUGGACCGCGUUCGUGACGCCGCACCUCGGCCGGCGUGGAUGGCUUCGCCGUCUGGACCACCGCACGGUACUGGUGCGCGAGUUGAGACCUACCAUUCUCAUGUCGGCGGAGGAUUACAACCCACCCGUGACACCUCGUGGAGAGCAUAUUUUAAAAUUUGCUUCGCGCAGCGAUGCCGACGAGUUCCUGGGUGCGAUGGAGGAUGCAGCAUUGACGCUCAUUACUUAG